UUUCGUUCAUUUCGUAGCCGCUCCUCCUCCACGAAUCUGUCUCUCUUGCUAUUGUAUUUUCUUUCAACGCUCAGCGAAAGUAGGAGAGAGCCCUAAAUAUCUCUCUCUAGCUUCCUCCUCCAAUCACAGCCACCAAUCAGGGAAAGUCAAAAUGGCCGAUCAGAUUCAACACCCUUCUGUUAUGAAGAAAGUAGCUGGCCAGUUCCUUCUUUCCAGUGUUUCCCAAGAUUUUGGUUGUGAUGGGGCUUUCCAGAGGCCGGCUCUAUACCAAAGGCGUGCUUAUGGAAACUACUCCAACCCUGCUUUCCAGUACCCCAUGGGACGGACAUGGGCAGCUGCCUCUGAUUUAUCUAUUGUUCCACCAACUGCUUCUUCUGUUCUUGUUCAAGCCCCCGCAGAAAAAGGUUUUGCCAGCUUUGCUAUUGAUUUCCUUAUGGGGGGAGUAUCUGCUGCUGUAUCCAAAACUGCUGCUGCUCCUAUCGAGCGUGUUAAGCUUUUGAUUCAAAACCAGGAUGAGAUGAUUAAAUCUGGCAGGCUCUCUGAACCCUACAAGGGCAUUGGUGAUUGUUUUAAGCGGACAAUUCAGGAUGAAGGGUUUGGGUCCUUGUGGAGAGGAAACACUGCCAAUGUCAUCCGUUAUUUCCCCACUCAGGCCUUGAACUUUGCAUUCAAGGAUUACUUCAAGAGGCUCUUCAACUUUAAGAAAGAUAAAGAUGGCUACUGGAAGUGGUUUGCUGGAAACUUGGCCUCAGGAGGUGCAGCUGGUGCUUCUUCCCUUCUCUUUGUCUAUUCAUUGGAUUAUGCUCGAACCCGUUUGGCCAAUGAUGCCAAGGCUGCAAAGAAGGGAGGGGGGAGGCAAUUCAAUGGGCUCAUUGAUGUCUACAAGAAAACAUUGGCUUCUGAUGGUCUUGCCGGGCUUUACCGUGGAUUUAACAUUUCCUGUGUUGGAAUCAUUGUCUACCGUGGUCUCUACUUUGGAAUGUACGACUCCUUGAAGCCAGUGCUUCUUACUGGUAGCAUGCAGGAUAGUUUCUUUGCUAGCUUUGCCCUUGGUUGGCUCAUCACCAAUGGUGCUGGCCUUGCUUCCUACCCCAUUGACACUGUUCGUAGAAGAAUGAUGAUGACAUCUGGUGAAGCUGUCAAGUACAAGAGCUCAUUUGAUGCCUUCUCUCAGAUUUUGAAGAAUGAAGGUGCCAAGUCUCUCUUCAAGGGUGCUGGAGCAAACAUCCUCCGUGCUGUUGCUGGUGCUGGUGUCCUUGCUGGUUACGACAAGUUGCAGCUGAUUGUAUUCGGCAAGAAGUAUGGAUCUGGUGGUGCUUAAAACAAAAGCUGAAUCUUCAGUCACUUAUUUUCUUUUAGGUUAGAUGGUGAUGAAAAUCUUGACUUGUGAGGAUUUAGUCCGGCGAAUUUUGCUUCAAAUAAUUCAGUUUUAGGGGAAGCCGCUCCCUGAACCAAAAUUUACAUUUUGGAUGGAAUUUUUUUUUAUUCCAAAAGAAACCUUGUGAUGGUUGUGGCCAAGGCCACAGCUGCUUCUUGGAAUUUUAGUUAUAUAAUUUAAGGAAUGCAUUUUACAGGUUACGUGAUAAAUUUACCUUUUUAUA